AUGAGCAAAGACUGUAUUCCCCCUUUGAGAAAGGUGAACCCCAUCCAACGCCAGCAUGCCUGGUGCCAUGUAGGUCAUCCCAUUAUCGAAAAACCCCAAGUUGCAGUGGUGACACCAGCCAUGGAGCCAGCUAUUAUUGUGUACCGGUUGCCCUGGACCUGGAAGUGCAGCAAACUCCUAAUGAAGUUCAUACAUGCUGGACUAAAUACCAUAGCUAUGAUUCUUGCAAUUGUUUCUAUGGUAGCCGUGUUUGAAUUCCACAAUGCCAAGAACAUUCCUAACAUGUACAGCCUGCACAGCUGGAUUGGGCUGACUGCUGUUAUAUUUUAUUCUCUCCAGCUCUUCUUAGGUUUCGCUGUCUUUCUGCUCCCUUUUGCUCCAGUUCCUCUCCGAGCAGCUCUCAUGCCAAUACAUGUUUACUCAGGUCUUACCAUCUUUGCAACAGUGAUUGCAACAGCUCUCAUGGGAAUCACAGAAAAGCUUAUCUUUUCACUGAAAAAUCCUGCAUAUAGUGCAUUCCCACCAGAGGCAACUUUUGUCAACUGUCUUGGUCUUUUGCUUGUCAUAUUUGGUGCACUUAUUUUGUGGAUGGCAAGCCGGUCCCAUUGGAAGCGCCCCCCAGAAGAGAAUGCUAAAGUUUUGCGGCCCAUUGGAGAGACUCCUGAAGGCACAGAAGCAGAAUCCACCAUGACAGACGGCAGUAAUGCAGAUAAAUCUGAUCUGAGGAUCAAUAGUGAAGCAGCCAGAAAACAAAACCUCAAACUCGAUGAAGCAGGGCAACGAUCAACUAUGUAAAGAAACUACACAGAAUAACAGUACUAUUAUGCUGCCAAUACCCUCUGGUUCCUUCCAAUUUAGUUGUGUUGAUAUAUAAAUAGGUUGGGGUUUUAUGUAUGGCUUGCUCAA